GGCGGCGCGGAGGGCUCACACGCUCCGACUAACUCUGCUUCCCAGCUGCUGGGCCGGGCUCAGCGGGACGCUGCCGGCGCGGCUCUUGGCACUACGCGGGAGGGGCUGCCCCGGGCGGCCUCCGCGACUGUCUACCUUCCCUCGGCAGCCGCGCUGCCUCGGGGCCCGCCUUCGCCCGCCCUGGGGAGGGGCUUGCCCAUGGCGAAAGCAGCGGCUCUUCGCUGCCGCACGUCUGCGAGGCGGCUUUGCUCUGCCUCGUAUUGGCCGCUCUGUUGCUGGAGCUCCGUGGCAGGGCGGUGAGCCGCGCCCCGGCCUUCGAUUGGCGGGCUGGUGCGAGAGUUCUGCCGUGCACAUCGGGCUGGGCUCCCGCGCCGCCUGCCGUACCGCCAGCGGAGACCGGGGCCGGCUGGAGCAGGCGGUAGGGUCGGCCGUUGGUUCCAGCGGCAGGAGCGAUCGCGGGGAAGGCAGCAGUUAGCGCAAACGGACAGAGGCGGGCAUAGUUCUGUCCAAGGUCUCCUGACGUCGUCUUCUUCCAAGUGCUGUUCGGUGCCAGAACGCUUGCAUUUGUUUCUAGGUGUGUAUAUUUGUGGCUCUUGUACUUGACCACGUUAAAACUGCGCUGUGGAAGCCUUCAGCGAGGUUCGGAGCUUGCUGGUUUUGUACAUGCACACUUGGUGCUACUGCUUAAAGGACUGGAGUGUGCAAGCAUGAUGGGGCUGCCAGAUUGGGAGCACACGGUAGCUGCCCAGGACACAGGAAGAAUCUAAAUACAGCUUAAGACCAUGGCAGCAAACUGGACAAGAAUCCUGAGAAUAUUUGUGGCUGCUCAGGUAUUAUUUGUGGUAAAUACCUUUGAAGAAGAGGAUGUACCUGAAGAAUGGAUUCUUCUUCAUGUUGUUCAAGGGCAGAUUGGAGCAGGAAACUACAGCUAUUUGAGACUACAUCACGAGGGAAAGAUAGUACUUCAGAUGCGGAGUUUAAAAGGCGAUGCAGACUUGUACGUAUCUGAUAUGACACUUCACCCAAGCUUUGAUGAGUACGAGCUACAGUCCGUAACGUGCGGCCAAGAUGUUGUCCACGUGCCCGCACACUUCCGCCGACCAGUGGGAAUUGGUAUUUAUGGUCAUCCCUCUCACCUGGAGAGCGAGUUUGAAAUGAAAGUAUACUAUGAUCGAACAGUUGCACAGUAUCCGUUCGGUGAGGCUUCUUACAACCCCGAGGAGAUGGAGGCAAACCAGAAAUACUCACAAUCUACAGAAGAUGAAUCUCAGGAUGAGGAGUCUGUUUUCUGGACUAUACUUAUUGGAAUCUUAAAGUUAAUACUUGAAAUUCUUUUUUAAAUUGAUACACACUGGACUAAGUCGCACUUCAGCCUGUGAAACUGAACAUGAAUGACUUACUGUAAUAUUUAAUACUCUUUUGUUUCCUGAAGAGGUAUCCAGGUUACUUUUUCUAAACCAGAAAGGAAGUGGAGGAAAAAAGCCAUAUUUGAUUCUAUAUUGUAAAUCCUCCCCUAUAUAUAAAAUGAGCAGCAAGCACAGUAUUUGCAGUGUUCUUUAGAGACCGGGGUUUAAAAAUGAAUGUACGAUGGGCUAUUGAUAAACUGAUUUUAAACAGGUGCUUAGAAAAAUCAACUGCAAUUCAGUAUUUUCUAUUGCUUUUUUAUAAAGUGAAAUAAACUGCUGCACUUCUGUGUCCCCUCUCAAUUCAGAGUGUACUUAAAAAUAAAAUCUAUUUUUCUGA